AUGACUAAUAUGGCGGAUAAGAGUAGAACAAAACUGAAAAGAGAAAGAAACAAAGAAAAACAGGAGGGGAGGAAAAGAAAACGCAGUGAGAAUGACGAUGUCGAGAUAGCCAAACACUAUGAAACAUUGUAAGGUUAUGGGUAAUUCACUUUCCUUUAAUACCCGGCUACAUCAGGAUGGUACAUCAGCUGUUUGUCGUGGUCCUUUGACUGUUUGUUGCUGACAGAGUUAACGUGGUACUGUCUUAAUUUUCCAGCUAUGAAAAGCCUCCUCCUGGGAUUGUAAAGGUCAGUGGAAAAUUGCAGUAUUUCAUGAGUUGGACAAGUGUUAAGGGUUUCAGAAGUAUGAGAGUAGUUAGUACAGUAUUGUCAAAGUACAACUGAAAAGGCCCUGAUGUGAAAAGGUGUCAUGUCCCCUCUACUAACUAACAUGGUAAACUUUACUGGGUAAAUUCCAUCAAUUUUCGCUCUACGCUAGAGAAGGAUUUCAUUAAAUUUGCUCAAUAGGUAUAAUAUUCUUUUAAAAUUUGCUGCUAAUUCUCUCUAUGACUGUAGAUUAUUGGACUUAUUUAUGAGGACUCUUCUCCUAUGGCUGACAAAUAUUUAGUUUGUUCAGGACAGUUGGAGACAAUUGGGGAGUAGAAGAAUUUUUGUGUUGAAGCGUUUCAAAGUAAUUUUUGUUUUUUAGGAAGAAGAGGAGCUUCCAGAGGAUUGCAUUCCAGAUUUACCUGAAAACAAGGAUGCACGAGAAUUUCUUGCCCAUGCUCCUAGUAAAGGACUAUGGAUGCCACUUGGAAAGGAAGUAAAAGUGAUGAAAUGUAAGAUAAACCUAGUAAGAUAAGCCUAGUUUUCCCUACUCUUUGACAAAGUUCAUAUCAAAGAAUUUGAUUCGCAGACUCAAGAAAUUAAAUUAAUUUAGAGUAGGUUUCUACAGUUCUCUGGUCGUUUUAUCUGACUCUUUAUAUGGCAGACAAUGUUCUAAGAUAGACCGUUAGAGUUGGUUGCUAAGAUUAAGUCAGGAACACCCCCCAGACCUUGAAUUAAAAAGUAAGCUUUGUCUGGUCCUUUACUCUUCUAAUGGACCAAAAAUUAGUUUUAUAGUGAUAUGUCUUAAUAUGUACUUGUAAUUGCCUGGUCAAAAACGGGUUGUGUCUGAGCAAAACCGGUUUGACCGAAACAGCUUGACCGGCGCCAGCUGCAAAACUAUUUCAAGCCCUGAACCCAUAAGUUUAAUUAACAGUAUUUACUGAACUUAGCUUGCUUCGUGUAGGUUGGCGCUGUAAAGCUUAUGGUCACAGAACAGGAGAUAGGGAGUGCCCCUUGUUCAUUAGUGGGAAUAGGAAUAUUGAAAAAUUAAGGAUGGUAAGUGGCCAGGUAUACAUGUAGUCAGUGAACUGGUAGUUUAAAUGGUAGCCUGCGAAAACAGACAUUUCUCCCUGCUCAUCGCCGCUGGGGGACAUUUGUGACUCAGUGACAAAAAUUUCGUACUGAUGAUGUAAACUCUGUCUGGAAUCCGGUCAGAAGCACUGAUUGGUUGACAAGAUAAUUUUGCAUAAUUAUACCAGGAUUACACCAGAAAAAAAAAUGGCAGCAAGUAGUGAGGUUUUACCUCAGCCUUCUCCCAGCAGCAAUGAGUGUGGAGAAACGUCUGUUUUCGCAGGCUAUUCAAAUAAGCAAACUAUAAAAAAGGAGAAAAAACUGCUCUUAAAGUGGUAGGUCAAUGCCCUUGGGUAAUCAUGGUGUUGAAGGUGAUUCUAGAUCUGCUUGUUUAAUUUUUGUUGAUCCAGAGCUUUAAAUCUAAAUAAAGCAUGUUUAUAGACAAAUAUCAUGAACAUAUCACUGACAACAAGCAAAGAUGAUUGAAAUCUCAAAACUUAGGAAUCAUCUACUUGAUAAUCAAUAUUUUGCAAAUUAGUUUCCAAAUGGCAUUCCUUUUAACUCUCCCCCCUCCCCCACCACCGCCCAAGUUUGCCCAUCCAUACUGCCCCUCCCUCCCUUGGUUUCCCUAUACUGAAUACAGGUAUUUCAACUGAAAGUGUGUUCUUCUACAUUUGUCAGCUUUUACUUCGUUUCAGUCAUUUUUAACAAGUUGGUAAAACCUAGUUUUUUUUUAGUAGAGUACUAAUUCAAUGCCUGUUUUGUCUCCUGUCAGCCAUAGUACCUGCUGCCUUGACCCAUUUCAUUGUUUGAAUGCAGGGGCGGAUCUAGGGGGAGGGUGCAGGGGGUGCGCACCCCCCCUGAGAUGACCUGCGGUUUUCUAAUACAACUGGUAUUCUGCAAAAAAAACCAAACUAUGUGGUUUAUUGGUCUUGAAAUAGAGCAAGAGACGAGUCCACCCCCUCCUAAAAAAAAUCCUGGAUCUGCCCCUGGAAUGUUUGUUAGUCAUGUGAGUAGAGUGCCAAUGCUGUGCACCACCCCUCUCUUCAUUUUCUUUUUGCAAAUCUGAGACAUUCAAACCCAACCACGUGGGAACACAUGCUAAGCUAUUUGAGUGGCAAACUUUCACUGCCAUCAAAUCUUGUCUUUUCAGGCCCAUGAAGAUCCCAUGCACGAGUUUAUUCAAGAUAAAAAGAAAGCGGAAAGACAAAGCAGGUCUGUAAUAUUUGAAUUGAAGGUUUGAAACCAAUGAAGAGAUCUGAAUCUGGAUUUCUAAAAACAAUAGUUAACAGAUCUUUUGUAGAAUUUGGUUGGAUAGGCAUUUAAGAAGGUUAGCUUAGAUCAGCUUUAGAUACAUAUUUUACCCAUGCGCACAGUCACCAUAGUGAUACGCUCGGGGCUUUGAGCCUUUGGUUGUAAGGGUUCUUUUGCAGUGACUUCCAAUAAUUUUCCCCACAGAAUUCCACCUUAUUAGGUCGGAAAAUGAACGCAUUCGGACAGGUGGUUUGUCUCAUAUUCACGAAAUCUCUUACCUUUUUCCUCACGGGGAAAUAUGUGAAAUGUAGGGAAUGUCUGCACGCAGGCUGUUGCGGGAAUGAUGAUUUGGCAAAAUUACUAACUUAAUACUUAAAGGUUUUCUCUAACUCUUGCAGGAUAGAGCAGCUGAAGGCGUUACUUGAAGAAUCGACAACAAGCGAGAGCGAUUCACAGGAAAGCAGCGAGGAUACAAGUGACGGUGAAGAAAAAAGGAAGAGACAAAAAAGCAAAAAAUCAAAACGUGAAAAGAAAAGGAAAAAGAAACAUAAGCAUAAACAUAGAAAAUCGACGUCGAAGGAUAGUGACAGUGAUUCAAAAACAAAGCGUUCUAGGAAAGAUAGAUAA